UUUUAAAAAUAUAAAAAUACAUAUAUAUUUUUUUAUUAAAAAAAAAAAACAACAACAAACAAAUAAAAUGGUGCGUAGUUUGGCUCAGUGGACGAAAACUUUGAGUUUUCCGUCACGUCUGUCACCCAAUCGUAAUUCAAAAGAUUGCUCAAAUUUGAAUACAAACACUAGUCUUCUGCCACCUCCAACUCCACCCAGGAAUAAAACUACCAACUGUGCUACCUCAAGAUCAUCCUCGUCCACUGUCUCAACAGCCUCGGCUGCUUCGACAAAUUCCAACAAUAAUAAUACUAAUGGCAACAAUAAGAUGCCUAUAACCGAAUUGGAACAAAUUAUCUAUCCAGGUCCAGAUCCGAAGCAAGCGAUUAUGGGUUCAUUAGUAUUUUGUAUUCAUCACAAGCAAGGCUGCGCUUGGUCGGAUGAAUUACGAAAACUAAAAGGCCAUUUGAACGUUUGUAAGUAUGACGCAACACAGUGCCCUAAUAAAUGCGGUGCACAAAUUCCUCGCAUCAUGAUGACUGAUCAUUUGCAGUACACUUGCACUAUGCGUCGCACAAAGUGUGAAUUUUGUCAAAGUGAGUUUUCUGGAGCUGGACUAGAAGAACACAAUGGAACUUGUGGUCAGGAGCCGAUAUACUGCGAGGCCAAGUGCGGACAACGAGUUCUACGCGGACGCAUGACUGUGCAUAAAUCCAAGGAUUGCGCUAAAAGACUAAGACGUUGCUUGCAUUGCAAUCGUGAAUUUUCGGCGGACACAUUGGCUUUACAUGUCAAUCAAUGCCCUCGAGUUACCAUAGUGUGUCCACAACGUUGCGACAUAGGGCCGAUACCACGGGCCGAUAUGGAUGCUCAUUUACGAGACGAAUGCAAAUCGUUGGCUGUGGCUUGUACCUUUAAAGAAGCCGGUUGUCGUUUCAAAGGACCGCGACAACUCUUGGAAUCUCAUUUGGAGGCCAAUGCGGCAGCACAUUUGUCACUAAUGGUGGCCUUGUCAGCCAGACAAGGGCAACAAAUACAAAUGCUAAAGAGUGCUGUAUCGAAAUUAUCCAUUAAUUACACGGGAACUUUAUUGUGGAAAAUAACUGAUUGGUCGGUUAAAAUGUCAGAAGCUAAGGGCAAAGAUGGCCUUGAAUUAGUAUCCCCUCCGUUUUAUACCUCUCAAUACGGUUACAAAUUGCAGGCUUCAAUGUUUUUAAACGGCAAUGGACCCGGAGAAAGUACCCACGUCUCCGUGUAUAUAAAGGUCUUACCUGGAGAAUAUGAUGCUUUGCUGAAAUGGCCUUUUUCUCACUCCAUUACGUUCACCCUUUUCGAACAGGGCUGCCAAACAGGCCAGGGCGGUGUAGCCGAAUCUUUCGUACCCGAUCCGACCUGGGAGAAUUUUCAACGUCCUUCAAACGAACCAGAUCAACUGGGUUUCGGCUUCCCUCGUUUUAUAUCCCACGAAAUGCUCCAUAGACGUCCCUUUAUCAAGGACGAUACUGUCUUCUUGAGGGUCAAAGUCGAUCCCAGCAAAAUUGUUGCAGUUUAAUGUAUCUUUUUAAUUAUUUUCUUAGAAAAAUAUAUUCAAUAUAAAUAUGAAUUUUCUACGUUUAGCAUUUGAGCUCUAUUUUUAUAAAUACUGUGUAUUUAAGUUGAAGAGAGUGAAUAUUGUUCUUAUUUUCUUUUUUUUAUUUUAUUUUAAGAAAUACUUUGUAUAUAGUUUAGAAUUAUCGAGUGCAGAUUGUCAUGGAUUGUCAAGUUAGACACCAAUAUCAUUAGGUGCUUCUCUGAAGUAACCUCGAAUGUUACUUUUCAGGCGAAAGCUCCCUUCUUUUUUUUUUUUUUUUUUUUUGUAUAAGAUGAGGAAAAAAGAAAAAUGUUAACAACACUCACACACAUUGUAGUCAUAUAAUUUAGUUUCUAUCUUUGUAUUACCUAAGCAAUUUUAUACGUAUUUUAAUUGUUAGUUUAAAUGGAUAGUUUUAAUUAAGAUUAAAUGAAAAUCUAAAUAAUUUUAAACUCUACGCGGUUUGAAUGAAAUGCUGGAAUUAAACCAAAGUUAAUGAAAUUAUAAAAGAAAGAAUUAUGUCCCAAUUUUUUUUUUCUUGUUUUUUUUUUUGCUUACGCACAAACAUUAUUAGGUUUGUGCCUUAAGUCUUUUGUUUUCUUUCAAGUUGAUUCUUUUUUCCAAUUUUUAAAAUAAAUGAAAUUAAUAACUCAUAU